CCGCUCGGCGCGCGCACGUCCAGGAGGGCGCCCAGGGGGCGCCGCUUCCCCUUGAGCUCCGCUGGGGGGCUGGUCCAGCCGCGCGGAUCCGGGCGGAAAGAGUCGGGCGGCGCGGGCGGCGGGGCAGGCGGCUGCUUGACAGCUGUGAGCCGAGCGGGCGCGCGGGCAGGUCCGCGGGAAGCGUACGCGCUCAAGGUCAUGCCCUGACCACAGCUGUCCUUCAGGAGGCUGGCACGGAGCCACCCAGGGUCAUUGGGCUGUUUGUCAAGGGUGCGGCAGCAGCGACUUGCCACUCUUCCUCCAUGAGCCCAGCCAGAGCCUCCACUGGGCACUUAGCACAAGAAAAACCCUGCAGGAGCCAGAGUCCAGAGCGUUGGGAUUCAGCAGGAGUGCCAGGAGAACUCCACACAGGUGUGCUGCCUCCUCUCCUGCCAGGCAUGUGGCUGGACAUGACUCUUGCUGAUGGUGGAAUUCAAGUCACCAGUGGCCAAAGUACCCUCCAGGUGUGAAGAGUUGCAGGUCCUCUGAGGAGCCAGGAGCUGCAAGGUUCUGAAAAAGACUUCAAGAAACUGACUAAUCUCGAUGGCUGCCCCUGAUGGGAGGGUAGUCUCCAGACCCCAAAGACUUGGUCAGGGGUCUGGCCGGGGGCCAAAGGGGCGUGGAGCCUGCCUGCAUCCCCUGGACAGCCUGGAGCAGAAGGAGACUCAGGAGCAGACGCCGGGCCAGCUAGACAUGCUGAGGAAGGCACAGGAAUUCUUUCAGACCUGUGAUGCUGAAGGCAAGGGCUUCAUCGCCAGGAAGGAUAUGCAGAGGCUGCAUAAGGAGCUACCGCUCAGCCUGGAGGACCUGGAGGAUGUGUUUGAUGCCCUGGAUGCUGAUGGCAAUGGCUAUCUGACCCCAGAGGAGUUUACUACUGGAUUCAGUCACUUCUUCUUCAGCCAGAAUAACCCAAGUCAGGAAGAUGCAGGUGAGCAGGUGGCCCAGCGCCACGAAGAGAAGGUGUAUCAGUCCAGAGGGAACGAGGAUCUGGGAGACAUGGGCGAAGACGAGGAAGCCCAGUUCCAGAUGCUGAUGGACAGACUUGGAGCCCAAAAGGUUUUGGAAGAUGAAAGUGAUGUCAAGCAGCUGUGGCUGCAACUGAAGAAGGAUGAACCUCAUUUGCUAUCCAACUUUGAAGAUUUCCUGACCAGAAUCUUCUCCCAGCUCCAAGAAGCCCAUGAGGAGAAGAAUGAACUGGAGUAUGCCCUAAAAAGGAAAAUUGCUGCUUAUGAUGAAGAAAUCCAGCAUCUCUAUGAGGAAAUGGAACAGCAAAUCAAAAGUGAGAAGGAGCAGUUUCUCCUGAAGGACACAGAGAGGUUUCAAGCCCGCAGUCAAGAGCUGGAACAGAAACUGUUAUGUAAGGAGCAGGAGCUGGAGCAGCUCACCCAGAAGCAGAAAAGGCUGGAAGGUCAGUGCACAGCCCUGCAUCAUGACAAGCAUGAGACCAAGGCUGAGAAUACCAAGCUGAAACUCACCAACCAGGAGCUGGCCCGGGAGCUGGAGCGGACCUCCUGGGAGCUCCAGGAUGCUCAGCAGCAGCUGGAAAGCCUUCAGCAAGAGGCCUGCAAACUCCACCAGGAGAAGGAGAUGGAAGUGUACCGUGUGACCGAGAGUCUACAGCGCGAGAAGGCCGGGCUCCUCAAGCAGCUGGAUUUCCUAAGGGAAAGGAACAAGCACCUUCGGGAUGAACGGGACAUAUGUUUUCAGAAAAAUAAGGCAGCCAAGGCAAACACAGCUGCUUCCAGGGCAAGCUGGAAAAAGAGAUCUGGCUCCGUGAUAGGCAAAUAUGUGGACGGCAGAGGGAUUCUUAGGAGCCAGUCAGAGGAGGAGGAGGAGGUGUUUAGCAUCCCAAGGAGAAGCUCCCUGGGCCUGAGUGGAUAUCCCUUAACAGAAGAGGAGCCAGGAACCGGGGAGCCAGGGCCUGGGGGUCCAUACCCCCGGCCUCUCCGCAGAAUCAUCUCCAUUGAAGAAGACCCCCUGCCCCAGCUCCUGGAUGGCAGCUUUGAGCAACCCCUGAGCAAAUGCCCAGAAGAGGAAGAGGUCUCUGACCAAGGGGUACAGGGACAAAUCCAGGAGGCCCCACCCUUGAAACUCACCCCCACAUCCCCCCGAGGGCAGCCUGUUGGAAAAGAAGCUGUGUGUAAGGAGGAAAGCUCUCCCUCUGCCCCCGACCGGCUCUUCAAGAUUGUGUUCGUCGGCAAUUCUGCGGUGGGGAAGACGUCCUUCCUGAGGAGGUUCUGUGAGGACCGGUUCUCCCCAGGCAUGGCGGCCACUGUGGGCAUUGAUUACCGUGUGAAGACAGUGAAUGUGGACGACUCUCAGGUGGCCCUGCAGCUGUGGGACACGGCUGGGCAGGAGAGGUACCGGUGCAUCACCCAGCAGUUCUUCAGAAAGGCCGAUGGUGUCAUCGUCAUGUACGAUCUCACAGACAAGCAGUCGUUCCUGUCGGUCCGGCGGUGGCUGAGCAGCGUGGAGGAAGCUGUGGGAGACCGGGUUCCUGUUCUUCUGCUGGGUAAUAAGCUUGACAACGAGAAAGAGCGGGAAGUCCCCCGGGGCCUCGGAGAGCAGCUUGCCAAGGACAACAAUCUGAUCUUCUAUGAAUGCAGCGCCUACUCUGGUCACAACACCAAAGAGUCCCUGCUCCAUCUGGCCAGGUUCCUCAAGGAGCAAGAAGACACAGUGAGAGAGGACACCAUUCAGGUCGGCCACCCUGCUAAGAAGAAAUCCUGCUGUGGCUGGUAGGGUCUUACCAGGACUGCCCCCAGC